AUCUAUUUCAUGAACGAGAUCAAUAUCAAUAAUUAUUUUAUGGAAAUUCUGGAUGAUAAACUUUCAAUAAAUACGUUCGUACUGCGAAAACUUUUUGCAGACAUACUCUUCACUUGUGGUAUGAUGAAGAUGGCCACUUUGCUUUUUGUUGCUGCGGCGCUAGCAGUCACUGCGUCUGCAGUGCCACUGACUCCGGAGUUCUCAGAGCAGCGAGUGUAUCCACGGUUCAUCCAAUUCCCUGAUGGUGAAGGUAUCCUGCACGAUGUGGACCUUGAAGCACAACCUCAACAGGACAUUCUGGAUGAAAUCAGUAGAAACCCAAGGGUUAACAAAUAUUUGCUGUUCACCAGACGCAACCCUAAAUCUGCACAAUCAUUACUUUUUGAUAAUGAGGAAUCCAUUAAAUCCUCUUACUUCAAUCCUGACGUUCCAACCAUAGUCGUGGCCCACGGAUAUUUGAGUGAUCAAAACACUGAACCGAACCCUGGACUGAGAGACACGUUUCUCGGAAAAAGUGAUGUAAACGUCAUCGUGAUAGAUUGGGGUCAUGUUGCUAGAUCUGAUUACGUCACUGCUGUACGAGGUGUCCCAGGUGUUGGCAGAGCUCUUGGACAGUUUUUGGCUUACUUAAACUCUGUAACUGGUGCACUUUUUACCUCUAUGCAUCUCAUCGGCUUGAGUUUGGGUGCUCACGUUGUUGGAAACGCAGGCAGAGAGCUCGGUGGAAAAGUUGCUCGCGUCACAGGUUUAGACCCCGCUGGUCCCCUAUGGAAUCUGAACUCUAAUCGUAUCAGCGCAAAUGAUGCUAUCUACGUGGAGGCUAUCCAUACCGAUGGUGGUUACCUUGGUAUUGGAUCUGACGUGGCUGAUGCUGACUUCUACGUCAAUGGCGGCGACGAUCAGCCGGGCUGUCUAACGCAUGUCUGCAGUCACAUGAGAUCAUAUAGGUUUUUCGAUGCUUCCGUCAAAUACAACCAUAUAAUUGGCAAAGAAUGCUCGAGCUCAUUGCAAAUAACAUUGAACACAUGUCGUGGCCAAGAGCUGCCUCUGGGCAACGAUGAUUUGACGAAAUUCGGAUCUGGCAGAUACCGUGCUAAUACUCGCAGAAGAUACCCGUACUAAUCAACACGAUCUAUUUAAUAAAAGACGUUUGUAAGACGUGAUUUUGCAUAAAAAU